UCUACACCCUACAUACUCUCCCUGACCAAAAAUCACUGUGUUACAGAUAAAUAAAAGAAAUAAAAAUUGCUGAUCAUCCCGUGAUGUUUUCUACACAACUAGAAUCAAUAUUUACAGGUAGUCGGUGAUGAAAGAAAAGACAACAUCCUCCCCACUUAAACGUAUUCUAGUGAGUUGUGGCGCUCAGGCAAAAGAUUACGGUAGUUGUGUUUCAGCUAAGGUUCCUCAAAUUGAACGUGAUAUGUGCUUGAAAGAAUUUCUCGCCUUAAAGAAUUGCAUGCAGAAUGUGCUUAAAGGAAAGUGAUAGAUAAGCAGAGUUUUCCUUACAAAGUCCAUAUAUCUUGGUACAUUAGGAAAGUGUCUUUGCUGCAGAGAAGGAUUUACUUUGCUGUCAAGUUUAAACAUCAAACGCGCAAAACAGGACUGUUUUAAAUGUUUGGGAAUACAUCCAGAUCUCUUUCCGCGAGUGGAUUUGGUGGAUCUAGUGGAUUAUCACAUGCGUACAUUCAGUAUCCACCCUUAAAAUGCAGAAAUGAUGAAUCAAGAGGUUUAUUUUAUGAUGAUGGAAAUAAGCUAUUAAUCUCACCAACCUCUAACCAGGUUGUUUCUUGGAAAACUUCUCCCUUUACCUCUGAUGUUUCUUCAACAACUGAUACUAUAAGCGAGGGUCCAAUAUUAUCUGUCCGAUAUUCUUUAGAUGCAAAGCUCAUUGCUAUUCAACGAUCAAAUCAUGAGGUUCAGUUUUGGAUCAGAGAAACUGGAGACACUUUUAGUCAGAAGUCUAAGUCUGGGUCUGAUACAAUAUUGGGGUUCUUUUGGACAGAUUGUGCAGUUUGUGAUAUCGUAUUUGUCAAGACCAGUGGACUGGACCUCUACACUUACUCACCAGAGCUUAAAUCACUUGAGUUGGUUGAAACAAAAAAAAUGAAUGUAAGUUGGUACAUCUACACACAUGAAAGCCGCUUGGUGCUUCUUGCUUCAGGAAUGCAAUGCAAAAGCUUUACAGGAUACCAGCUUUCCUCGGCAGGUGUAAUUCGACUACCAAGGUUUGAGAUGUCAAUGGCAAAGGCAGAUGUUAAUAGCAAGCCUGUUCUUGCUGCUAAAGAUGUUCAUAUCGUCACCGUUUAUGGAAGGAUAUACUGCUUACAAGUUGAUAGAGUUGCAAUGCUACUGCAUUCAUAUAGGUUUUAUCGUGAUGCUGUUAUCCAGCAGGGGUCUCUGCCUAUUUAUUCCACCCAGAUAGCUGUGAGUGUAGUUGACAAUGUUUUGCUCAUUCAUCAAGUAGAUGCAAAGGUUAUUAUAUUAUACGAUAUAUUUGCUGAUUCACGGGCUCCUGUGUCUGCUCCACUUCCUCUUUUAAUAAGAGGCUUACCACGCGCCACUGUUGCAUCUUCUCAAAUGAGUAAAGACGCAGAAAGUUUAGAUGCAACACUGCUAAAUGGUACUUCUAAUUUGUAUGGUGAUGACUGGAAUUUUCUUGUUCCUGAUCUUGUAUGUGAUGUUGCCACUGGGUAUUUGUGGAAGAUACAUUUGGAUUUGGAGGCAAUUUCUGCAAGUAGCUCAGAAGUGCCGUUUGUUCUAGAGUUCUUGCAGCGGAGGAAGUUGGAAGCAAAGAAAGCUAAACAAUUGUGUCUUGAACUAGUUCGUUCUGUCAUCAUUGAAAGAAGACCUCUCCCUAUGGUUUUUCGGGCGAUAGAUGUGUUGGUGACCUCUUUUGCAUAUUCACUCAAAACUGGUAGUUACUUGAAAGGUGGAAUCUCAGAAAAAACUACAGUUUCUGGUGUACCUGAAAACAGUGUUGGUACUGGCACUAGUGAAUCUGGUAAAACUGUUAGGGGAGUUGACAGUAGAACUGGACAUGAUUCCGGCUUUUCAACAUCAGAUUCUGAGGAUAAUGCUAAUUUCAGGAAAGAGAAAUCCAAAUUUGUUGAUGGUAAUUAUUCUAGUGGAAAUAUAGAUGGAGAAAGUUCAGUUGGUGAUGAAACUUCAAAAUUUGGAGAUUCUUCAAUGAACCAACCGUUGAAUGCUAAUGUUCCUGAACAGAAAGAAUCCCAAGUUACUUCGGCAGCCAUUCCACCAGAUGAGGUGUAUAGCUUUGUAUUUGCUCCUGCGGAGGAAGAGAUGAUUGCAGAUUCUUCUUAUUUGUUUGCCAUCAUUGUUGAGUUCAUAAGGAGUGCCAACUUGGAAAAAAUAAAACUGCAUCCGGACAUCUAUGUUUUGGCCGUGCGGCUGCUUGCCCGCAAUGAGCGAUACGCUGAACUUGGACUUUUUAUCAUGAAUAAGAUAAUUGAGCCCUCGAAGGAGGUUGCUCUUCAACUGCUGGAGGUAGGAUGUCAGAACAUCCAAAUCAAGAAGUUGGGUCUGGAUAUGAUGAGACAGCUCAUGCUUCAUCAUGACUAUGUCACGCUGCUUGUACAAGAUGGAUGUUAUCUUGAAGCUUUGCGUUAUGCUCGCAAAAAUAAGGUUAGUACUGUCCAGCCGUCUCUGUUCCUAGAAGCAGCAUAUGCAUCAAAGGACCCACAACAUCUAGCUGCAGUUCUCAGAUUCUUCCGCGAUUUUAUACCUGGUUUUGGAACCACUUCAGAACACAGUACUUACAUUAGUGCUCUUUCUGAUAUGCCUCCAUCAGUAGCUGUAUAAGUUCCUCUCAUCAAUGGUUCAUGAUGACUGCUUUUUAGGAUAUAACUGGCCCUGAUUUUUCAAUUAGUUAUUUUUAUGGUGGAAAUUUUAAUACAUAUGAAUACGUCAAUAAAUGGCAUCAAAGUCGUAAUUUCUAUAUUUUCAUGUUACGAUAAAAGUUGUGGCUUGCUAAUGAGCAAAACAUUAAGGAGCUUGUCUUCGGAAGACAUGAAACUGAGUUAUGCAGGUCUGUUGCCAAACAAAAUUAAUAAAUUCAGUGGUUUUACA